GUUUCCAAGGACAUCUCUUCCACAUCCGUGGACAGAAAGCUGUAGGCUCUUUGGCACUUACGCUAUUACUGUCUCUGCGGCGACUUCCGUACUGGUGCCAGCAUAUCGUCCACAUUCACGACUACUGAGGCCGACUGACAGCAUUCGUGUUUGGCGAAACCGCAAGGGCCUGCCUGCCUGCCUGCCUGAAUUGGCCCUGGACGGCUCGAAAAUGGCGACCAUCGAGGACCUGCCACGGGAGAUAUUCCACGAGAUACUGCAGGACCUGGACCUGCCGUCCUUCGCCAGGCUGAAAUGUGCAUCUCGACGCCUCAACCAGUUUCUUCGCCUCGAAGAGCUCCCCCAGUGGAAGCGGGUGCAGUUCAUGCAGGCGGCAGACCGAUUUCCGCACAACGAGGACUUGCUCGCGUGCUACCGGUGCUGCAAGAUGCUCCCGAGGGACAGUUUCGGGAUCGGCCAGCGCAAGGGCAAGCGCAGGAAGUUCGGCUCGGUCCCGGCACGGGACCGCUUCUGUCUCGGCUGUGCGGCGGCCAACAAGCUCUACGGCCACAUGGAGGCGGUCGUCGCCAAGAGAGGCGAGGAGCCGCGGUUCCUGUGCCAUCACUGCGGUCGCUAUGGCUCUCGUUUCCAGAGGUGCGGGCCGGGUGCUGGAGAGGAUGGCAGGUGGGUUUGCUGGUCGGAGAACACUUACGGCACGCCAUCUCUGGGGGGUCUGCCACCGGAGGUCAUCGACAGGCUAGUCUCACAGCUGUCCUACAAGGACGCCAUCCAUCUGUCCUCUUCUUGCGCGUAUCUGCGAAAGAACGUCGACUAUUCGCAUGUCUCAGUCGAGAGUCGGUUCGCCUUGGUCGCCGGCAAGGACUCGGAACCCAAUGGCACGGCAGGUACCCAGAGGACCAAUGUCUGCUACGCCUGCUUCAGAGUCCGGCCGUCCGAGAUGUUCACCAUCAAGCAGAUCUACACGGUUGACGUCCAGAGGAGCAGACCGUACUGGCAGCGGCGGUGCAGGAGCUGCCUGUACAAGAUGCAUGCCAACAAGGACGGCAACAAGGCGUUGCAGAGCUGGCUUCGACAGAGACCGUGCGAUAGCUGUGGUACACUCAAGCACGAGGACACAGAAUGCCAGUCAUUCAUGUGUUCAAGCACCCACAGUGCUUCAGCGAGCACAAAGAAUGCAGUAACAGCAACCAUCGGGGCUCAAGCACCUCAUCCGGACGAUGGGACUGCGCGCACCCGCACCGAUGCCAUGGUAGCUUCCCAGGCCUGGAUAGAGCCCAGAACAGCGGGCAAUUCCAACCGGGGUUCAGAGUCACAGGCUCAAGGCAUUUCAGGGCCGCGAGGUACAAAGCUAUCGCUGUUCGAAACCUGCAAGGCAGCAGAACAUGGCCCGAGGUUAAGAAAACUCAAAGCACAUAUGGGUCAACCCGCGAGACUCUAUGUUCUGAGACGCCUGGAGGCACUUGAGCUCCCACAAGCUAUUUGAGGAGGCACUUCUGGCACGUCACGGGCACCCCUGAUGAGGGCCUUCUCUCUGCAUAGUAGGCGCAAAAGCCCCGUGAAUCCGUAAUACCAUAUAAUCAACGGCCAUAUGGCUUCAAGUGCAUCAAAAGCGUUGGCGUAAAUGGGGGCAGACAUGUAUUGGAGAUCAAGCCUGUAAAUAACAUACACAAAGCAUGCUACCCAUGAACGCAGUAAAAGAAUCCAAAUGCCAAAAACUUGCGUCAAAUUCACACACG